UCGUCAUGUGUCUGGCUCUGAGCAUUGCUUUGAGGUGGAGCGAGUUCGCCUCUCAGUAGUCACCACUCGCCUCCGCCCAUGGCGACCAUCUCUGCAGCUCUCGCCAUUUCCUUCCUCCCGUACCCAACUCGCCUCGCCACCGCCGCCUCCUCGUCCUCGCGUACCCAGAGAGCCGCGCGUUUCAGGUGCUGCGCGGAGCCUCCUUCCCCGGAGCAGGAGGCCCUCGCACCUCCGACCUCACCGCCUGGGAAACCCUCAUUGGCGUCGCCUUCCUCUCUGCUGGGCAUUUCCACGAGCACCUGGUCUGCGGGUGUCGCUGGGCUGGGGUUCCUGGAGACCGGCUACCUCACGUACCUCAAGCUCACGGGCUCCGAGGCGUUCUGCCCCAUCGGGGGCGGAAGCUGCGGCGAUGUCCUCGAAAGCGACUACUCAGUUGUCUUUGGGAUACCUCUUCCCAUAGUUGGUCUGGUGGCAUAUGGUUUUGUUACAGCACUUUCUCUGCAAGAAGACGGAAAGAACUUGCUCCCAGGACUUGACGACCUGGAUAUUCGAUUAACAUUGCUUCUGAUUGCUACUUCAAUGGCGACCGCGAGUGCUUACUUUCUUUACAUUCUAAGCACUAAAUUUGUCGGGAUAUCUUGCUCGUACUGCCUCUUGUCAGCAUUUCUCUCCUUCACUUUACUUUUCAUCAGAGUGAAGGACUUCGGCUUUGAACGUAUCCAAAAGUUUGCUGGUCUUCAGUUAGCUGUAGCUGCCAUUAUUGCUCUUGCUUUGACAAACUCCUACAGUUCAGCUACUACUCAGUUGAAAGGCACAGAUGAUUUUGUAUUAGAACCAUAUGAAACGGAGAUAACAACUGAAUCAUCCCCAUUUGCUAUUUCACUGGCUAGACAUCUGCACUCCAUAGGUGCUAAGAUGUAUGGAGCAUUCUGGUGCUCUCAUUGCAAUGAACAAAAACAGAUGUUUGGUCGUGAAGCUACAAAAAUUCUGGACUAUGUGGAAUGCUUCCCAAAUGGAGCUGGUAAGGGAAAGAAAAUGACUCCAGAAUGUGCAGCUGCUGGUCUUGAAGGUUUUCCAACAUGGUUCAUCAACGGCAAGGUUCUGAGCGGUGAUCAGGAACUGGAAGUUCUCUCAGAAGUAUCAGGGUUCGUUACGGAGGAGGGCACAAAACAACCCUGAGGCCUGAGACACAGGGAAAUACCACCGAAUUGAAGAUGGGAGCUUUCUAAGUCGGAGUCUUUACACAGCAAUUGUGCAUCCGAAGGUAGUAUGGUCUACUUAACAACUAACCACUGUAAUUUGUAGCAACUCUACUUGCUCUCUGAGAAGAGAAAUCAAAGAGCAGGCAGAGUAUUGUACAACCAUUUUGUAUAUCCUAGUUUGUAGUGUAAAAUGUGUAAUCCUAUGAAAACGAGCACUUGUUAUUUUGACCGUAUAUAAUGUACUGUUUAAUGCUAUAAGAAACUUUGGUGGGUCCGUAUACCCGCUGAUA